AUGUCGUACAGUUCUGCCCAUCACAUGCCAUACAAUGCUUCUUCUUCAAACUUAUCGCGUUCCAAUGCUGGUGCCUAUGGCCGACCUCCAAGAUCUCAAAUUGCGAGACCAGCCAAUCACACCCCUAUGAGCAGAAGCUCGUCAUUCUCGGAUGCUGAAGGUAUUGGCCCAGUACCAGCGCCGUCAGCUAUCAAGCGAUCUACCAGUCGCGGAAAUCGCCUGUCCAUGCUUCCACGCCCCAGUAUUGGUAGCACAACAUCCCCAAAUACGCCAGUGUCUGCUUCCUCUCCUCAGAAUCCCACCCAGCCGAUUCACUCGACGCUUUCGAGCCCGGAGAUUAACAGAACAUCGCUUUUCGUUGCUGGCCAACAAUUGCCCCCGCCAAAACGAGCACGGAAUGUUCUACGAAGGAGGGCACCGACAAUAGGGAAACAUGUGGAGCAAUUGCACUCGGAGAAGCUUAGCCUUGUCAUUCCGCAAGAGCCUCAUUCUCUCGUUAUGAACAAUGUGUCAGGACACGGAAAUUCGUCAACCUCACUUUUAGGGCAAUCAACUUCCUCUUACAAACCGAACCACAAGAAUGAGAGUAAUCUGGCGAUUAACUCGGUGGGGUCUAGGUUCAAUGGUCCGGAAGAGUUGGCAAGCCUUCGAACGACACUCGAUACGCAAAACUUGCCCGCACCUCCUACCCCCUUCUUACUGUCAAGUAGCCCCUCGACAAGAUACUCGGAAUCUCCCAGUAUUUGGAGUCGGGGGUCUACCCCAACAUCAUUAUCAUCAUAUUCCCCCGGUAUUACAAAGAUUGGUCGUCUGAGACAACCGAGCACGUCGCAAACAAGAUUGCCUGUCUUCUCUCCUUCACCGGCACGUGAAACCACCCAGCAAGAAAGGCCGGAGCUCAAGACUCAAAAACGGGUACUUCCUACAAAGCCCUCUGGUGCAAGCUCAAUUGGGACUGGCAAUGGCCAGAGAGUGCCAUCGUCUAAAUCUCCCUCUACAGUUCCCCGAGGCCCGCCCCGCAGUCCGCCGCCAAGAAAGUCAUCCGUCAAUUUCAGCCCUCCAAAAGCUCCGGAUAUCGACGUUGAACAGGCUCGGAAGGAAGUGGAGGAAGCCGAGAGGCGUUUGUUUGACCCACAAGGGAUUAUGGAAUAUUCCCCCUCACGGAAUGCGGAGACACCACAAACUCCACCACGACCGAGCAGAGAUGGAACGCAUCGCUUAGAGCUUGAAACAUCACCGAUUGUUCAAAGCAACCUACGGUAUCUCAGAACAACGGGCCACACAAGACGCGAGUCGAUCGAAAAGAUUCUGGCGACCCAACAGCCACACCCGGCUCCCAACCAGUUUGCCGCUGCAUCGAUUGACUCGCUGCAAUCAAGAAGCAUCUCUGAAGCCCCUUCUCGGGAAGGCGGAUCUCCCGUACUCUCGAAAAAGACACCUCGAACACUGACCAAGGAGACCCCCAAAGAAAAGCCGGACUCCAAGCAAAUUCCAACGCAAAAACGGUUCGGUCUGUUCACAAAGAAGUCUAAGCCGGAUAUGCCAGAGAAUUUGGCGGAGCAAGGUCGAGCUACUCGCAAAGGUCCAGCCGCGGGGACAGGCCAUGAGGGCUAUGGAAAAUAUGGACAGCGCGGCCGCAAAGCAAGCGGCAGUAGCAGCAGUGGGACGAGAACCAGAUCAACAAGCACGACACGGAGUGCCGCCAGCAAAUGGAGUCAAUCGAGUCGCCCGGAGUUGGAAAUCGACGACUUUCUAAUGAGCCGCCUGGAGCCUGUCAUUAUCAACGGUGGUGGACUAGACGGCGCAUCUUUGUCACGAACACAAAGCGAGCAGAGUUUCAGCAGCAUAAGCGUUGCGUCCACUUCGAACCUGCCGCGGCAAACUCUGCUAUCAUACUCGACUGGCCAGUCUACCGAAUCCCUCGCGACUACGGGGACAUUUGGUGAGACCAUUAUGCCGAGUUAUUCUAAUGGCGCCAGAUCAAUGGGAAGCAGGGGCUCCGAAUCCCAAUCUAACGUGAGUGAUCGUUCAAACGCAUCAAAGUCACGCAUGCCCGUUCCAAGAGGAAAGAGACAUGGCAUGUUUGAGAACCCCCAGGCGGCUAUCACAAAUACGUCGCUCCCUAGCCACGAGCCAAGCAGUGCCACCUCACAGCAACCGAAGCGUACACAAACGCCCGCUGAACAAAUCCCCAAGCCCGAGCAGGUUGAGAAGCAACACCCCAAGAAAGGAAAGACAUCCGUGUGGAACUUCUUCCAGAAGAACCGUGCCAACGAACAGAAGGACUCAAUUCCUCCAGCGACCUCAUCCCAAACCGCGAAACUUCAUGCAGCAAUCUCCCCUGUUCUCAACCGUCGGCCCGUGGCCCAUUACGCCUUGGUGGAUGCUGAUUCGGACGAGCUCGAGGAAAUCAUCAACAACAUCGAAGACUCACCACCAACAGAGGAAGAAAAAGGUUUCCAGCCCGUGGAAGUUCCAAGAGGCUUGAGCAUCAGAAAAAGAAAGCCGUCAAUUUUAUUGCCAUCUCCACCAAAGAUGCACGGUGAGUUUCAAAAUGAUGAUCGCCCAUCACCGAGAACUGCCAUGUUCAAUCGCAACCUUAUGGCCCCGGAGCCUGAAACACUACCUGAACAACGUCCGCGCUUGGCUUCUGUCGGUCGGAUCCCACAGGUAGUAUCGCGGCGCGAUAGAAAUCACCAACCCGCCAUGCAGUCAUUCUCGCGUCCGUUCAGUGUUGCCGAAUCGGCUUCCCUCACGGUUCCAACGACAGAAAGCUCAUACCAAUCUCCACUUGUCGCCAAUGUUCCAUUGAAUUUGGGGAUUGGUCCAAGCGAAUCUUCAGACUGGGGCCAUGGGUUCAACCCGACUUUUAGCGCUUCCGAGGAGACUAGCGCUUUGGAAUUCCUUGCUGGGCCAUUCACAACCUAUGAGUUUCUUCAAUUUCCGCCGAAGAAAGGCUCAACCUCGUCAGAUAGCUCUGGAGCUCUGGCUGCAGUUACAGCCGUGCCCCCGAUUGCAGGUUCUCCGCCGACCGAUGACGAGGUGUGGAACGAGUAUGAUGAUCUUAUUGACCACGUUCUGUCGCCAGAUCAACCAAAGCCUGAGGAGUCGGAAAAGACCGAAGAAGAGGACAGGUUUGAGCUUGCAACGAUGGCAAGCAGGGCUCUUCAGGACGAAUUGAGUAAUGCCAAUAAUCCCCAAUCAGUACCUAGUGGCAAUUCAGUCCGCUCGAGUGGCAGCUCUGUUCAUCUUCGUCGUUCUCAGAUUGUCUCUGCUUUGCAAUCUUCGACCGCUCCUUCGUCUCAACCGUCUUACAGUGAUCUUGUUGCUGGACAUAGAGGCUCAAAUGAGGAGAAGACGCAACAGGCUGCCGCUCCUACCGAGAAGCAGUCUACAUUUCUUAACUCCCUCGCUGCCGUUCCUUCCCCCAGACCAAAGUUCCACCGAGAACAAGAAGCCGCAUCUUCCGAGCGUGAGUGGGAUGCAGUGACACGAACUAACAUGCGUUCUGCUUCGCUCAUGACUAGUCGCUGGCUGUCCUUCGGUCGAGUUCUUUUCAGCCCGGCGCAUAAUCACGUCAAAGCCGGAGGACAAGGGCGAAUUCUUGUGAUUGAUGGACUGGGAAAUGAUGACUGGUCCUUUUACUGUUCCUUGACAUACCCUGAUGCCGAGGUAUACAGCCUGGGUGGACGUCCUGUAUCCGCAGCCCCUCCCCACCCCGCUGCAUGGGAGCCUCCUACCAACCACCACAUUGUGUAUCACGCCGGGCUGGACAACCCUCUCCCCUUCCCAAAGGACUACUUCACAGUCGCGGUACUACGAUUUCCCGCUGUCUGCUCCGAGACAGUCCAAGGCAACAUCAUUCAAGAAUGCAAACGUGUUCUCCGCACAGGAGGGUAUCUAGAAAUGAGCCUCCUAGACCGCGACAUGGUCAAUAUGGGACCUCACACGCGCAAAGCUAUCCGUCAACUCAAAGAGAUGACCUGCCUCUCAGACUCAUCCCUCAGCCUGAAACCAACCAGCGACAGCGUACAACGCGAGCUCGGCGCGCAAGGCUUCGACAGUCUCCGUCGCUGCAUGGUUCGAAUUCCAGUCGCAGGCAUGGUGCUCCGAUCCUCCGACUCCAGCUCAUCAGCCCACUCCAUUUCAGUGGCUCCCUCUUCCACUGCAUUCUCGCUACCCACCAUAUCCGUCACAUCUGCGGGUGGUGGCCAAAAUACGAAAACUGUCUCGAGACCCCCCUCAAAUGACGCGAAUAUCUCUCUCGGCGAUUUGCUCUCCGAUCCUUCCCCUUCGCCGGCAAACGAUGAAUCAAUCGCUAAGAUCGUUGCCCGCGUCGGACGCUGGUGGUAUUCGAAAUGCUACGAGGAUCCUAUUGCCUCGAUUGGAAAUGCCGGUCCGAGUAUUUGGAAUGACCGGAAGGUGCUUCGCGAGUGCCAGAAGCGUGGCACCGGGUUCCGUAUGUUCAUUGCGUACGCGCAGAAGCCCAGUCAAGUUCCGCGACGCACAGCAAGUGUGUAG